AUGAAUUCAUUUAGUUUUAUCUUGUUUGUGGCGUUUGCUGCAACAGCUUUAGCUGGAGAUUUAAGUGGAGGUGAAUACGACGGUGGAAGUUAUAACUAUGGAUCUGGAGGAUAUUCUGAGGAGCACCAUCAGAUCCCAACAAAAACUGUGGAAUAUACUAAACCGGUGCAUGUACCAGUUAUAAAAAAGAUCGGAAUUCCUGUUCCUCAUCCAGUGGGAAUACCAGUACCUCAAGUUAUUAAAGUCCCUGUACCACAACCAUACCCUGUCCAUAUUCCGGUACCACAACCGAUUGCUGUACCAAUUUAUAAGUUGGUGCCACAAGAAAUUGAGAAGAAGAUUCCGAUUGUUGUUGAGAAACCAGCUCCAUACCAUGUAGAGAAACCAUACAAAAUCGAAGUUGAAAAGCAUUAUCCAGUUUACAUACCAAAACCAUACCCAGUCCAUGUACCAGUCUACAAGCAUGUUUACCAUCACGUACCAAAGCACGGAGGAAGCAGCGGUGGAUACAGCGGUGGAAGCAGCGGUGGAUACAGCGGUGGAUACAGCGGUGGAUACAGCGGUGGAAACAGCGGUGGUCAUGGCUGGCAUUGA